CCCCAAGGACCCAGUCGAGCUUCAGAGACCAAAACAAGCUUAGCAAUCCUAGCUAGCAGCUGCUCCAUACACGCCCUCUCCACAGGAGGAGGAGAAAAUCAAUGGCUGCUCGAGUUGCAUUCCGAAUUGCGGCAUUCGCCGUGCUGCCAGUCCUGUCCCUGCUCCUUGUAAGCCCCAUUUCCUGCUACGGGAAUCCGAGGUCGUCCAUGUCUCUUCGGAACUACACCACCACCAGCCGGUACGCCACCUCGGUGCCGGCCAAAGCCGCCGGCGGGUGGUCCUCGGGCGGCGCGACGUGGUACGGCAGCCCUUACGGCGCCGGCAGCGACGGCGGGGCGUGCGGUUAUCAAGGUAGCGUCAGCCAGCGGCCGUUCUCGUCGUUGAUAGCCGCCGGCGGCCCUUCCCUUUUCAAGAACGGCAAAGGCUGCGGCGGAUGCUAUCAGAUCAAGUGCACCGGCAACAGAGCCUGCUCCGGCCGGCCAGUGACCGUCACCAUCACCGACUCCUGCCCCGGCGGGCUGUGCCUCGCCGGGCCGGCGCACUUCGACAUGAGCGGCACGGCCUUUGGCGCCAUGGCCAGCCGUGGCAUGGGCGAUCGCCUACGCGCCGCCGGAAUCCUCAAGAUCCAAUACAAGAGGGUGCCGUGCAACUACAAUGGCAUGGGAAUCUCCUUCAAGGUUGACGCGGGCUCCAACCCAUUCUACCUCGCCGUGCUGAUCCAGUACGAGAACGGCGACGGUGACCUCGCCGCUGUGCACAUCAUGCAGCAGGGCGGUGGCGCCUGGACGCCGAUGCAGCACUCGUGGGGCGCGAUGUGGCGCGCCAACUCCAUCACGGGCAAGCCUCUGCGCGCCCCCUUCUCGGUCCGGCUCACCUCGGGCGCCGGCAAGGUGCUCGUCGUCAGGAACGCCAUACCCGCCGGUUGGCGCGCCGGUAGGACCUACCGGUCCAAGGUGAACUACGGCACCUAAGGCAUUAGUGCAGAGUGAUUGUUUUUUUUUUCGGAAUGCAGAGUGAUUAGGUUAAUGAUGUUCCGGUCUGUGAGCUCUUGCCUUGCCAAUUGUCAAAAGCAACUGUUCAUGUGGAUCGGAAAAUGCGAGAGACGAUGGUGUAAAAUUUCUUCCCAUGUUCCCUGCACGGCCAUUUGCACUUGAGUCAUGAGUGUCGUUUUGUCCAUCUCUAAAGCAGAGACUGUAACCUUGGAAUCAGAAUGCUGUUUAGUGAUACCAAGACAUUAAUUUUCAAACCAA